CAUUAUCAAAAUUUAUAGAAGACAAUCUUUACGUUUUGACAAUUCCGUUCAAAAGAAAUAUCUCAAUUUUGUCGUGAUGUUUGCAAAUGCCUUUCAGAGCGGAUUCAUCUCAAUCUUUUAUAGCGUUGGUAGCGCACCCUUGUCCAUCUGGAACAAAGAGGUGAAAAAUGGGCAUAUUCGGAGAGUUGUUGACGAGGAAGUCAAGUCUUUAGUGCUUGAAAUAGCAGGAACCAACGUGGCCACAACAUAUAUAACAUGUCCUCAAAAACCUCGAGUUUCCCUAGCCAUUAAAUUGCCGUUUCUCGUGAUGAUAAUAAAAAAUAUGAAGAAGUAUUUCACGUUCGAAAUACAAAUUUUGGACGAUAAAGAUAUUCGUCGUCGAUUUCGUGUAUCGAAUUUUCAGUCAACUACCAAGGUGAGACCAUUUUGCACGACGAUGCCUAUCGGCUUGAGUGAUGGUUGGAAUCAAGUGCAGUUUAAUCUAGCAGAUUUCACCAAAAGGGCUUACGGAUCUACGUAUUUAGAGACAGUCAGGGUACAAGUGCAUGCGAAUGUACGUAUAAGGCGUAUCUACUUCUCAGAUACCCUUUACAGUGAGGACGAAAUGCCGAAUGAAUUCAGACUUUUCCUACCGACGGCAGCUACCAAAGCUAAAGCAAGAGAGAAAGUAACGACAGUGUACUUCAUCGGGACUUGCCUACGGUAUGAUCUUUUAGGCAAGGUGGAGAAGAAAGCACCUACAAAAGCAGCUGCAGUUGAAGAAGUUCCCUCCGGAGCACCACCUUCCCCAGUUGAAACCCCUGCUCCGCCAGAUGAAGGACCCUUACCAACUGCCGAAGCUCACGAGGAACCGCAAGAGGCAACGAAAGCCGGAGAGGAGGCCGAAGAAGCGGCUAAAGAAGAAGAGGCGGCCCCUGAAGAAACUACAGCAGAAAAGGAAGAACCAGCUGAUGCCGGGCAAGACGCUGAACCUACCGCAGAAGCUGAACCUGUUCCAGAAAAUGAGGGAUUGCCUGGAAGUGAAGUUCCUGCUGCCCAAGAAGUUCAACCAGAACAAGAAGAAUCGGAGCCACCGCCGGAAAGUACUGAGCCAACAGCCGAAGAAUCUCCUCCAGAAGAACAGCCUGCUGCGGAACCUCCGGCUGAAGAAGCCCCUAUAGAAGGAUAAAUACUUUCUGAAAUUUAUUAUGAUAAAGACAUUGUGUAUCAAUAUAUUUCGAAAUAAUC